AUGGCGCUGAUGUUGUUGGUAACGGAAAAGUACGUCCUGUCGUUCAUUCAUCGUCGGAAGGCCAAAGGUUUCGUGCACAUGAUGUACUCAAACAAGGACCACGACCCGUGCGGCGGCGUGACGUGCCCGCCGGGUUCUCGCUGCGUGCCGACGUCGCCGGGCGGCGCCGCCUCCUGCGAGUGCUCGGCGGACUGCCCGGACCUGGAGGCGGCGGCAGCGGGGGCGGCGGGGGCGGAGGAAGGAGCGGCGCCGCCCCCGCAGGUGGUCUGCGGCUCCGACGGCCGCGAUUACGACAGCCACUGCGCGCUGCGGCACGCCACCUGCCGCAACCACUCGGACCUCAAGCUGCGCUUCGUGGGGCCCUGCGACCCGUGCGCGAGCGUGCGCUGCCUGGAGACGGAGUGGUGCCAGCUGGACGAGGAGCGGCGGCCCGCGUGCCGCUGCGGCGAGGCCUGCUCGCCGGACGUGUCGCCCGUCUGCGCCUCCGACGGCCGCACCUACGGCAACGAGUGCGAGCUGCGCCGAGAGGCGUGCCGCACGCGGCAGCCGCUGCGCGUCAUUUACCGCGGCAUGUGCAGCUCCGGGAGCAACCCGUGCGCGGCGCUGCAGUGCUCGGGCCCCGGGCAGCGGUGCGCCAUCAGCAAGCUGGGGCUGGCGCGCUGCGAGUGCCCGCCGCCGUGCGAGCCCGUGCUGCGGCCGGUCUGCGGCAGCGACGCGCUCACCUACCCCAGCGCCUGCGAGCUGGCGCGCGCCGCCUGCCUCGCCCGCCAGCACGUCGCCGUCGCCCACCACGGGCCCUGCGGCACGGAGGACCCGUGCUCGGGCCACGCGUGCGCGCGCGGCGCGGAGUGCGUGGAGCGCGGCGGCGCGCCGGUGUGCGAGUGCCCGCGCUGCCCGGCAGAGUUCGCGCCCGUCUGCGGCUCCGACGGCCUCACCUACGGCAACGAGUGCCGCCUGCGCGCCGACGCCUGCCGCCGCGACGCCGACCUCCACCUGCUGCACGACGGGCCCUGCGACGGUUGCGAGGGCCACAAAUGCAGCCACUACGCUGAGUGCAAAAGCGAAGAAUCGGGGAAACCACGGUGUGUCUGUCCCGAUGCGUGCAAUGAUGCGCCCAGCCCAGUGUGCGGUACGGACAACGCGACCUACACCAGCCUGUGCGAGCUGCAGAAGGCGUCGUGCGAGAGGCAGCAGCCCGUCUCCGUGGCGCACGACGGACAGUGCGACUGUGCACGGGGAACCGAGCGCCGGCCUCUUGUUUGGUCCGCAGAUGAGUGCGAGGGCGUGUCGUGCGAGGCGGGCGCGGAGUGCGUGGCGGGCGAGUGCGUGUGCGUGGAGGCGUGCGAGCGCGGCGAGCCGGCCUGCGGCUCCGACGGCCGCACCUACCCCAGCGUGUGCCACCUGCAGCGCGCCGCCUGCCUCGCCGCCGCCGACAUUCACCUGCUCUUCUUCGGCGACUGCCAGGACCAGCUCUCCUCCUCUGAAGAAGAAGACCUGACUACGGUCCCGACGACGCUGCAGACGGAGGCGGAAGAGGUAGUAUUCCAGCCGCUGCCCGGCGGCGCCUUCGAGUUGGACCUGGACUCGUGGCAGACGUCGCUAGAGAACACGGUGGACGCGGAGCGCGAGGCCUGCCUCAACAUCGAGUGCGACUUCGACGCGACGUGUCGGCUGGGGCCCGACGAGUACCCGCACUGCACCUGCCAGUUCGACUGCGGCGCCGAGCCGGAGGCGGGAGCGGCCGGCAGCGGGGGCGGGCCCGUGUGCGCCUCCGAUAUGCGCACCUACCCGUCAGAGUGCGCCAUGCGCAUGGAGGCAUGUCAGAGCCAGAAGGAGCUGCGCCUCCGGCCCAUGGAGCUCUGCCAGGGGAUGGAGGUGAAGCCGUGCAACGGGGAGCCGCCGCUGGUGGACGAGGAGACGGGCAGGGAGUACGACUGCGGCAGCGGGCCAGCUCGCCAGGACUGCCCCUCGGGCAGCUACUGCCACCAGACCGCCUUCUUCGCUCGCUGCUGCCGCAAGGAUGCAGACAACAAGCAAGACAUGUGUUCAGGUGCUUUCUACGGUUGUUGUCCUGAUGGGAAGACACCUGCUCCCGGACCACUGAAUGCUGGCUGUCCAUCACAAUGUGGUUGCAAUAAAUUAGGUUCACGAUCUGAUACAUGUGAUCCCCUCACAAAACAGUGUGUCUGCAAACCAGGAGUUGGUGGAUUGAAGUGUGACCGCUGCGAGCCAGGAUUCUGGGGAUUACCAAAGAUCUCAGAAGGUCACCAGGGAUGUUUACCUUGUGAUUGCCAUCCACAUGGCUCAGUGAGGGACGAUUGUGAACAAAUGACGGGACGUUGCAUGUGCAAGCCUGGAGUUUUGGGUCAGAAGUGUACAGUUUGUACUAUAGUCAGUUUUAAACUUACCCCAUCAGGAUGUGCUCCAGGAGAUGAUCUAGCAAGUGCUGGUACAGAACGACCCAUACAUCAUUCAACAGUACUGAGAUUUACUCAGCCAGAGGCUGAAGGAGUGAGCUCACCUUUGUUUAAAUCAACUCGUGACCUGUCAUCACAUAGGAGUGGCCACAGCUAUUAUUAUGAGCAUACUGACUCAAUGGGCAAGCCACCUGAACUUGCACCAGCCUCCCUGCAUCAGGGCGAGGCCACCAACAAUGUUAGUUUUUUGGAUGAAAAUUUCCAGCCCACUCCAGCUACUGUUCAUAUAAUAAGUCUUUUGGGUGACUUAUGUACCUCAGACUCAGAAUGCAGAGUGAGAAACAGCUGGUGUGUGCAUGGAACAUGCAUGUGCAAGGAUGAAUAUGUGGAAACUCCUGACAGGCAAGAUUGUGUAGAUUACCUGGUGCCUGCUUUUGAUGGACAUUCAUAUGUGCAAAUAAGACGUCUAAAGGCUUAUCACAGACUAAGUGUGGAUGUAGAAUUCAGUACAUAUAACAAUAAUGGAAUUAUACUUUAUAACCAGCAGAUGGCAGAUGGUACUGGAGAUUUUGUGUCACUUGCUGUUGUUAAUGGGUAUGUGGAAUUCAGAUACAACUUGGGUAAUGGUCCAGUUGUCAUCAAGUCAACAGAACGUGUGAAACUCAACCACUUUCAUAAAGUGAGCGCAAAGAGGUACCAAAGAGAUGGCAUGCUGCGAUUGGAUAAUGGAGAGUUUACUCUUGGCCAGUCACAAGGAGCACUUAGAUCAUUGGACCUGCAGGAGGAUGCCUUCAUUGGCCAUGUGCCCACCAACGCCUCCAAAGUGUUUGAGAACGCUGGUACAUCAUCUGGAUUAGUAGGAUGUGUACGACUACUCCAAGUGGGAAGGCAUCGUAUCAGACUUCACGAAGGUCGUGAUCCACAUGUGAUUCACACUUUUGGGCUAACUGAAUGUAGGCAUGAUCCUUGUGCAAGUAUGCCUUGCUUCCAUGAAGGGACAUGUGAACGUCUCAGUGUUCAUGACAAUCAUUUUUCUUGCCAUUGUCAGCCUCUUUACACAGGUCAACUUUGUGAAGAUAGAAUUAAUAUCUGCACAUCUAGUCCAUGUCUAGCAGGAUCAGUUUGCAAAGUUAUUCAAGGUGGAGGAUUUACCUGUGAAUGUCCGUCAGAGGCAACUGAAGGACAGUGUCACAAAUUUAAUUCAGAGUUUGAAGAGACAUUUGUUCCUGAAUUCAGUGGAGAGACUUACAUAGAAAUGCAACGCCUAGAAGGUGUGGUUCAAGCAUUUUCAUUGGAAGUGUGGUUUCUGUCAAGAUCACUUAAUGGUAUUAUCCUUUAUAAUGGGCAGACACUACAUGGCAAGGGUGAUUUCAUAGCUCUCAUACUCACUGGAGGGCACGUGCAAUUCCAGUUUGAUCUUGGCAGUGGAGCAGCAGACAUUAUCUCUGAGGACACCAUAAUGGUGGGGCAGUGGCACUCUGUCAAAGUUAGUCGUUUUGAGCAAGAUGGUACCUUACAGCUUGACAUGGCUUCAGUGGCAAAAGGAUCUUCUGGACCUUCACUUACUGAACUAAAUCUUGAGCUUCCCCUGUACAUUGGUGGUGUUCCGAGAGAAUAUGAACAUCUAGGCCUUGGACCUGGAUUGGAUGGGGCAGUGCAGCGUGUCAUUGUGAAUGGUGAAGUCUUAGAAAUUGUAGACAAGAAACAUAUUAAACAAUGGUCAGGACCACCUUGCAAUUUUAGUGCUUGUCAGAAUGAAGGCAUUUGCCAACCACAUUUGGCACAAUAUCACUGCAAGUGCUCCCCAAGACACUGGGGACAGUUCUGUGAAAUAGAUUCUGAUGACAUUACCUUUGACACACCUAUUCUACUAAGUGGCAGUACAUUUUAUCAUCUACAAAUUGAAACUGAGGAAAGUUCCAUGAACUACACUAGAGAUAAAACAGUCAACACUACUAGUGGAAGUACCACAGAAAAUCUGACAGGCCUCCAUGGAAUCCUACAGAGCCUGGACUAUGAAAUAAGCAAUGAAUAUGAUGCAUACUAUGAAGAUAUUGAAUACUUUAGUGAAGAGCAUGAAGCUUCACAAAGGAGUCACUAUGAGGUUUCAUUUCGAACAGAAGAGACUGAAGGUUUACUUUUAUGGCACAGCUUGGAAGAAGAUUACAGUGGCCACUGGGCAUUAGUUGUUGUUGGAGGGUACAUGCAGCUCAGCAUCAGUCACCACAGUUUUGUCAUAGCUAAAUCACAGGUGAAAGUGGCUGAUGGUCUUUGGCAUCGCCUCACAGCAUCUCAUCGAAUGUAUCAUGCAGCCCUGCAGGUGGAUGAAGAAGACCCUGUAACAAUUACGAUCAGCAAGCCUAUCCCAAGAUUAAAGGGCAGUUUUUGGAUUGGAGGAUCUCCAGCCACUUCCACUGGACUACAUCCCAGCUAUUACACUGGCUUUCAAGGCUGCAUCAGUAAUGUGAAACUAUCUGAUAGGUUUAUAAACUUUAGAGACUACAUUACAGACAAUAAGUCAUCUUUACGAUUUUGCCUUAGCACUGUAUCGUAACACAUGCUUCAGCUUCAUGUCUGUGACAUGAUGUGUAACCAUUUGAUCUUGCAAUAGCAUGAACAGUCUCUGAGAUUCAUGUACCAUUGGAGUAUGUUUAUUGCUAUAUGAUCAGAAACAUUGUUCCUAAAACAGUCUCCAAAAGGUACUAUUAAGAAUGACAGCAAAUUACUCAGAUGAACUAUCAGGCAUGACAUGAGAAGGAUAAAUCUGAAGAAACUGUUUUGUAAGUUUACUAACAGAACAUAUAUUUCCUCAGGGUGUUCACUACAUGAGCUCAAUACGUGUAGUUACUGAUGACAUGAACUCUUAUUGCUCAUUUAUGAAGAUUUGAUUGUUGCUGUACAAAUUUGUAUUAUGAAAACAGAAGGAACAUGACGGAAACUAUGAAACUUCCAUUCUUGUGAUUUCUGAAUAUUUAUAGGCAUUCCAUUUGCAAAACAAAAUCUAAUGUAAAAAAUAAAUGUAAGCAUUUCUCAGAAACAAUGUUUUUAAGUUAAACAGUUAGAUCUUGAAGGGCUGGAAAUAGAUACAAUGUGGAUGAAAACUAAAUAGUUUAAGAUUUCGGCUCCUUCUGUUGAAGGGAAUCUUAAGCCUAUUGGUGUAAUUAAUCUUGGUGUUUGAAUGACCCACAAAAGUCCUCUGAAAAUCUUUCAAAGAAGAUUAUACAUGCAGAAAUUUGUUUAAUUUGCCUGUUCCAUAACUUAGUAGAAUCAGUUUUAUGACUUUAAAAUACACAGAAAAUUCAGUUUUGAAGUGAGAGACCCAGUUUCUGUGGAAGUGAUUCUCAUUCAAAAUACUGUCAAUAUGCAAUAAGAGUAAAUUGAGAUUUUCUGAGAGAUGACAGUUUCCCUGUAACAGCUUCAAAUGAGUAAACUAUCUUAGAAAUAUCAGAAAAGAGAAGGAUUUGUUUCAGCAGCAACAGGUUUUUUAUAUCAUAAAGGGAGCUUUUUUCUAAAUGUUAGGAAAAAGUAUAUAUUUAUUUAAAUAAGAUGUAAUGUUUCACUGCAAAAUAUUUCCAUUUUUUCAAUUCCUUGUAUUAUUUUUGUAAUGUGGUAGUGAAGGAAAGGAACUGGACAGUGUGGAAGUGCAGUAAAUGUGUUAAAAUGUUAUGUGCCAUAGAAGAUGCUACAAUCAAUGUGUGUGUGUUCAUUGCAUUACUAGAUGUAAACUUAUUCUACUCUUUCUUCCAGUAGUUACAGCAAGGUUUCAAAAUGUAUGUUGUAAAUGAGACAGCUACACAGAAUCUUGUAAUGAAAAAUCAAGAAGUGAUAUAAAAUGUUUGAUGAUAUGUGACAGAGAAAUGAUGUCUGGCAAUAUACAGUACUUAUGAAAAUAAAAUUAAAUUUCCUGGCCUUUUAAUCAACAUUUCUGCGUGUUAUACACACAGACUAUAAAAGAGAAGUGAAAUGUACAUAAAAAUUAAAGCAUUUAUUUGAGAGAGACUGUCACAAUAUAGAGAAGACUAAAUGAUUAGUUACAGUUGGCCUCCCAAUAGUUUGGUUCUUAGGUUGAGAACAUUAUUUUAAUUCAAGUUCGAGGUAUCUGUAAUGAAAAGUUCAAUAAGAAGGGAUUAAAGACUAUAUGAGGGAGAAAAUUAUAAGCUUGAAUGGAGAAUUAAAUAGGCCUAUGCAAAUGGUAGAUAACUGAAAAAGACUGAAACAACAAAAUGUAUAUAUUAGAAAAAGAGAUAAUGAGAGACUGUGGAAUUUGAGAUAAUGAGAAUGGAAAACACUGAAGAAGUCAUCUACUAGGCACUGGAUUGAUUUGAACUUGCAGUUAACUAUACUACAGUCAGAUGUUAUUUGUACAGUCUACACGGUAAAAGCAAGUAAUAUGUCUACAGAAUGAACAGUAUCUUAUGUGGUCUCUUCAAGUCAGUUAUCAGUAACAGAGAGAACUGAUUUAAUGCUGAACUUUGAGAUACUAAAAUACAUAAAUUGAGAAUGGUCUAUUGAAGCAUUCUGAAAUCUUGCCAUGAGCUCUCAAAAUUUACAUUAAGUGUUCUCCUAUCUUCCUCCUUUACACUCAUAUCUGUUCUCUUUUCCUCUCUGAUCAGUUUAUUUCUGAAUUUAGUAAACCCUAACAACUUAGAUGUAUAAUUAUUGCAUAACACUGCCAAUUGUUUAUAAUGGUUGAUAUAAUGACAGCAAAUAAAUUGUAUGUACAAAGUAUGGCAAUCUAAAAAUGUAUAACAAUGUGUAUGUUAUAAUAAGAACAAACCGAAAUGUAAUGUUAGUUUUAUCUUUAUAUAAAACUGGCUGAGUGUAAAUGAUUUUAUUGUGUUCUUUUUUUGCUAGAGGGCAAUUUUUUUGCAUCAUACCAUAUAUCAUCUGUGUACAGUAAUGUUCAUUG